AUGAGCUCUGGCCCGUCAAACCUGGGAGGCAAAUCCUCUUCUUCUCCGACACCCUAUACUCCAAACUCCCAACCCAUCUCUGUUCCCGCGCCCAGCUUCGAAACCAAUUCUCGCCGUUCCGGUCUGUCGAGCCCGUCGUUCCCGAAUUCAGCUCCGAGGAAGGGACAAGGGUCGAGGAAGCAGCACCGGAAUCAGCGAAGGCCUCUGAAUGAGGAUGAUGCCAUGGCAGAGCUCAGGGCCGUCAGAAACACUUCGAGCCGCCGAGGCCAAACUUCCAUCACCCAUCUCUUAAACUACUCCGCCCCAACGCGUAAUCAUCACGAAUAUCCUAGAUCGAGUCGUAGACAUGCUACCUGGGGCCCCGGUUCUGGCUACCAUGCCGUUGAUAAGGCAAGGUUUGUUCAUGCCAAUUAUCGGUUUGUAGUUUCACCCUCUGGGGAUUAUUCUUCCCAAGCCGCGGAUGCCGACAAGUAUCUCGAGUGGUCCGACGUACUACAAAUCAUAGCUUCGGCCGAAUCCCAAACUACAGCAUGUCCAAUCUGCCUGUCAGACCCCGUAGCCCCUCGCAUGGCGCACUGCGGCCACAUAUUCUGUUUGCCGUGCCUAUUGCGAUUCAUGAAUUCGACCAACGACGACGAGCCGAGCCCCCGGAAAGAAGCGAGAUGGAAGAAAUGCCCUAUAUGUGAGGACUCGUUCCGGCUUUCCGAAGUCAAGCCAGUGCGUUUCUAUGCCGGCCAAGAAAAUCCUAUGCCGAGACCAGGGGAAGAUGUCGUACUAAGAUUGAUGGUACGAGAGUCAGGCUCUACAUUGGCCCUACCAAACGAGGGAGGCCAGGAUGUCGUUAAUUUGGGGGAAGAUAUCCCGUGGCAUUUUGCGGCAAACGUUAUGGAUUAUGCCAGAGUGAUGAAAGGGACAAACGACUACGUAGUAGGGCAGUAUGAAAGGGAGAUGACAGAUUUACGGGAUCAGGCACUAGCGGACGAGAUGCAAUUUGGUCAAGAAGACGGAGGUUGGACGCAACGUGCUGUCAAAGCCAUCAAUACAGCCGUGGACAAGAUUCGCGAUGAGCCGAGCGAAGAGUUAUUACAGCCAGGUAAUACCUCGAAAGCAAAGCAACCAGCCAGUCAGAAGUUUUAUUUCUACACAGCGCCUCCACACCUAUAUUUAUCGCCUCUCGAUAUUCGAAUUCUUAAAACUAAAUUUGGGGAUUUCUCAAACUUCCCCUCGACGCUGCUCCCGCGUGUCGACCAUAUCACUACCGGCCACGUGGUGGAUGACACUCUAAGGAAGCGGGCCAAGUACCUGGGACAUCUUCCUCACGGCUGCGUUGUAAGUUUCCUGGAGUGUGAUUGGACGGACAUAGUUCCUGCGGACGUUUUAGAGACAUUUUCGGCCGACUUAGAGCAUCGACGUAAGUCACAUCGGGACAAGGCGGCUCAGGAGGAGCGCGAAAGAUUACAGGCAGAACGUUUAGAAGCCUCUGCUAUCGGACGUAGCGCCAGGCGACACUUUGAUCAAGCCAACCAGGACAAGUUCGAGCCGACUCCUACUAUGAACUCGGAAGACUUCCAGCCGCUUGGUGCCGUUGAAGGUACGUCACCGCCAAACCCCCGACCGGGGUUCAGCCAGCUCGCAGACAUGUCGACCAGUCCGUCAACAUCGAAGACAGUAUGGGGAACGCGAGCAAUUCCUGCUUCGCCACAAUUAGAACCCGUGCCAGAGCGCGAUAUUAAUGACGGCUGGCUAAAAGACGAUGAGUUCCUCGACGCUGCUGAAAUAGCAAUGCAGAUGGAAGCUCUAAGCAUCGAACCUACGCAGGCCGGACCGAGCAACGGACCUAGUGGUGGUUCGAACGGCAAGAAGAAGAAGAAACAGAAGAUCACACUGAUGAGCACUGGCGGCCGUCGCGGCGGUUAA